UUAAGGCGAUGCUGUUGGUGUGACGUAUAAUCUAGUGGACGGAACGCUUCUUUCAACAGCGCUUUCGUGUAUAUCAGCCACUGUGUUUAAAACACACUUCUGUCGUCUAGUUAGUUAUCCAAAUUUUAUUUCAUAUUUACUUUGUUGUUGUUAUUAGUCAGCUAGCGGUCUGGUUAAGUUAGCAUUAGCCUAGCUAGCUAACAUAUCCGACCAUGCGGUCACUAAGCUACUGUCCUUCUAAAGAAGAGGAGGAUAUCACAGUAAAACAAGAAGUAAAGGGUGAGGGCGUGACUGUGAAAGAAGAAAAAGACGCAUUCAGAGUGAAAGAGGAGGAGGAUGUUACAGUAAAAGGAGAGGAGGAAGAGAAAGAGGAGGAUGUAGUUUAUGGAGUGAAGGAGGAGGAGGGGGAGAUGACUGUUACAUUGAAAAAUGAGGAAGAAGAGGAGGAAACUGGAUAUCUGGGCCCGAUUUCCCAAACGCAUCUUAACGCAUCCAAUGGUUCUAACGGUAAACUUAACCGUAAAAUGGUUUUGGGAAACAGGGCCCUGAUUAACACUCGAGAGAUACUUAACUAUCGUGGAUCCUCUGGGGAGCCUCAACAACCUCGUGAUGCUGAAGAGACAGAGAAGAGUCUCUCCAGAUCAGAACACCUCAAUAAACACCUGCAGAGAUCCACAGGGAAGAGAACUCACUGCUGCUCUGACUUUGGGAAGAGAUUCACCUCAUCAGGCAUUAAAAUUAAUCAGAGAACACACACAGGAGAGAAACCUUAUAGCUGUGAUCAAUGUGGGAAGAGUUUUUGUCAAUCUGGAGAGCUGACAGUGCACCAGAGAAUACACACAGGAGAGAAACUUUACAGAUGUGUUCAAUGUGGGAAAAAUUAUGGUUCAUCUUGCCAUCUGACUCUACACAAGAGAACACACACAGGAGAGAAAUCUUAUAGCUGUGAUCAGUGUGACAAGAGAUAAUUUGAUAAAGGAUCUCUGUUCAAACAUCAGAAAAUACAUGGAACUAUUUUGUGUUAUCAAUGAAAAAAUGUCACAAUGUAGAAUGUUUUUAACAUUGUUGUAGGAGUAUUUUAAGGAAUUUCACAAUGUAGAACCCUAAACGUUUGACCCAUUCAAUUGAUUUUAGCGUUAUAUAGAUAUUAGCCUUGGGAGAAAUCCAGGCUCUGAAUUGAAAGAGUACUAUUUAUGUGAUUUAACAAAAAGUGACUAACACAAUAAGAGCUGUGUUACACUUACCAUGUUGGUGACCCACUUGAAUCAAAAUGCAACACUUCAAAAUGUAGUUAGCUGUUUUCUACAAAUUGUCCUCUAACCAAUGAUGUACACAUUAUUCCCAGAUUACGUGUGAUUUUGAAGCUGUUAGUUUUAACAGGACAUGCAACCUCAUCUCCCUCCUCUCGCACAAUUGAUUUCAAUAUGAUAUCGAUGAAUGAUGACAAAUAAGUGUUGUGUUCCUUUGUUUAGCGACCCCUAAAUUUAAAUGCACCACUCCAAAAUGUAGCUGACUGUCUUCUGCAGGUUGUCCUCUAACCAGUGAGGUAAAAUAUAUAUCCUAUUUCAAUGUGUUUUGUUUAGUUGUGUUAGUUUCAACAGCACGUACAACCUGAUUUCCCCCCUAAUUGAUAUCAGUUAUUUAUUGCUACUUGUCAAAACAACAGCGUUUUUGGUUCUUGUGCAGUUUAUAAGGAGCUUGUUUAAUAAAA